GGUCUGUCAGGUACAAAACAUAACCGGUGUUCUGUCGCAAAUACAGUAGUACAUUCAAGGUCAGCUGUACAGCUACAAGCCACCUCUAGGCGGGCGAAUAGCACUGUGUGUGUGCUCUCGGUGUGUAUACAGGCGUGUCCCAUAUCAAUAAUAAUCCGCCCUUCGUUUCCUUGUUGCUAUUUAAAACAGUGCACUGAGUGUGUGUGAUACUAUUGCAAUCAGCAUUAGGUCCCCUGCGUGACAAGCAAGGUGCUGGGCUCAAUGAAUGGAAAGCACUCUGCAGUCGUCCCUUAUAUACACAAACAGGGAAAUAACAAUGGCCUCGUUACUCCAUGGUCUUUAACCGGGCACUGCAGCAGCACACGUACGGGGUAAAAAGAUCCAGGAUUUGUCCUAUCCCUGACCUACAGUGUGCUAGUAGUAAACCGUAACUUACUCUUGCUGCUGCCUGCUGGUCCCCCUCUCCACUUCCGCCCGGGCUUCCGCCUCUCCCCCUAGCAAACACUGGCACUGCCAUGCGCGACUACGAUGAGGCAACCGCCUUCCUGGGAGAAUGGGGUCCCUUUCAGCUUACUGUCUUUUUUUUGCUCAGUGCCAGCAUAGUGCCCAAUGGCUUCACCGGACUAUCCGCUGUAUUUCUUGCGGCCACCCCACAGCAUCACUGUUUGGUACCCGACAGUGCCAACCUGAGCUCGGCUUGGAGAAAUGUGAGCAUCCCCCUGGAGAUGCAGGACGGGCUGGAAGUGGAGAGUAAGUGUCGGCGAUACAGGCUGGACAUCCUGAGUAAUUACUCGGCUCUGGGACUUCUGCCGGGGCGGGAUGUGGAUGUCAGAGGGAUAGAGCAUGAGAAGUGCCUGGACGGGUGGGAUUACAGCAAGGAACACUACCUGACAACUAUAAUCACAGAGUGGGACCUGGUCUGUGAGAAUGAUUGGAAAGGGCCGUUAACUACCUCCUUAUUUUUUGUGGGAGUGCUCAUUGGUUCCUUUGUUUCAGGGCAGAUGUCAGACAGGUUUGGCAGGAAAAAAGUUCUCUUUGCUACGAUGGCUGUUCAGACUGGCUUCAGCUUAAUCCAAGUCUUCUCUGUAAACUGGGAGAUGUUCACUGUAUUGUUUGUCAUAGUCGGAAUGGGUCAGAUCUCCAAUUACGUGGCCGCUUUUAUACUUGGUGCUGAAAUCCUUGGGAAGUCUGUUCGUAUUCUGUUCUCCACGUUGGGUGUUUGCAUAUUUUAUGCCAUUGGCUACAUGCUGCUGCCGCUGUUUGCGUACUUCAUCAGAGGUUGGCGGAUACUGCUUCUGACGCUUACAAUCCCAGGGAUAUUCUGCAUACCGCUGUGGUGGGUUAUACCAGAAUCUCCCAGGUGGCUCAUAUCACAGGGUAGACUUCAAGAAGCAGAAGAUAUAAUACGGAGAGCAGCCAAGAAAAAUGGGGUCACUCCACCAAGCACAAUAUUUAAUAUAUCAGAGCUACAAGAGCUGAAGGUCCUCUCACACAAGACUCAUACAUUUCUUGACUUGCUGAGGACAAAGAAUAUUCGCACUAUAACAUUUUUAUCAAUCUUGCUAUGGAUGAUCAUAUCCGUGGGAUAUUUUGGUUUGUCACUCAACACCCCUAAUUUGCACGGGGAUCCUUAUUUGAACUGCUUCCUAUCAGCCAUCAUUGAAGUGCCUGCAUAUAUUAUAGCGUGGCUUCUCCUCCGGAACUUUCCUCGCAGAUAUUCAACAGCCAGCACGCUGUUCUUGGGAGGAGUUGUUCUUCUGUUUAUACAACUAGUACCUUCAGAUCUUAAUAUCCUGUCCAUUAUGCUCGUCAUGCUGGGGAAAUUUGGUAUUACGUCUGCGUUCUCCAUGGUUUAUGUGUAUACAGCAGAGCUCUACCCUACUGUCGUGAGAAACAUGGGCGUAGGAGCCAGUUCUAUGGCUUCCAGGCUUGGCAGUAUCUUAUCGCCUUACUUUGUUUAUCUCGGUGCCUAUGACCGCUAUCUGCCUUUUAUACUAAUGGGGAGUCUUACAGUCCUUGUUGGCAUCUUUACACUCUUCCUCCCAGAAAGCUAUGGAAUGCCUUUACCGGACACUAUUGAGGAGAUGCAACGUGUUAAAGGAUUCAAGUAUAAAGCUGGAUUCAGACUUUCAAGAGAAAUCAAGAAGAACCCAAAGAUUCUUUCAAACACUGCAUUAUAAGAUAAUCUUGUUUGUCAAAAUUAUUUUUGAUCUUGUACAUGACCAUUCAUAAAUGGACUACAUUAUCUACUAGGCACAGACUGGUGGACUUUGUUUAAAGACAUAUAUUGUUCUUUUUAGUCUCUUUGCUACGGGGGGGGAAUACAACUUUAUAUAAACAAUGAAAAGGUUAUAGCAAUGAGUAUAGUACUGGAAUAUAUUUAUAUCUUUAUUAAACAUGAAAAAUGCAUCCCGUGGGUUGCAAUCUAGUCACAAGACACAGGAUUUUUGUAGGAUAACUGUACUCCUUUUAAAUAUUUUGGAAGAAAAGCUGCUUUGACAAGUAACAUCCAGUUCUUUAUAUUAGGAUGAUUAUUUUUGUUAGGGGGGAGGGAUCUGGCAUUGCUUUGUCUUGGCAAAACAACCAUAAUUUAUAGAAAAUGCUUGAAUUGGUAAUAAAGCCUGACAAUAGGCAUCUGCAGAAAGUUACCUAGUUAAAAAAUAUCUACUCCUGGACUCUGAGACAAAGCCAAAACGUAUCAAUACCACAACAUUCUUCAACUAUUUGCUUCCCAAACUGCCCUUAGGGACCCAACACAGCUGGUUCCUCAGUGGCUCAGUAAUAAUGUUUGUGAAUCACCCCUCUAAAGCAUAUAAUAAAUGAUUAUGAAGUAUGCAAUUAUAGAUAUCUUUAUAUGCAAGUUAAAAGGAACUAUGCUUGAAUGAGGGAAAUCUUUAUAUGUAAGCUUGUCAUACAAUUUAUAUAGGUAAACACUGAAUACUGCUCAUCUACUGUAAAUAUUGUAAAGUCCUGGGGAAAUGGAUAAAUAACUUAUAUGUUAAACUAGGAAUUGCUGAUUUUCACAUCUGUUUACUUUUCACUAACAAUAGACAUCAGUUCUUUAUUGCAUCUAAAACAGACUGACCAAUAUGGCCUUUUUAGCAGAUAUAGCAGGUCUGAAUAAACUUAUUUUACCAUAACAGGCAUUAAAGGGCCAUUAUACACUCAUUUUUUCUUUGCAUAAAUGUUUUGUAGAUGAUCUAUUUAUAAAGCCCAUAAAGUUGUUUUUUUUUUUUAAAUUAUAGUUUUGCUUAUUUUUAAAUAACAUUGCUCUGAUUUUCAGACUCCUAACCAAGCCCCUAAAUUUUAUUUGAAUACUGUCAGCUACCUUCCACAGCUUGCUCCUGUUUGUGUAAAGGGUCUUUUCAUAUGCAAAAGAAGGGGGAGGGGGGGAGUGUCUUAUUUCCCACUUGCAGUGGGCUUUCCAACUACCUUUUCAACAGAGCUAAACUGAAAGCUUCUAAGUACGUUUUUAAAUCAUUUUAUACUGGAUUUUUAUAUCAGUAUCUGUGCAUCUUAUUCUUUAUAGUAGUGUCUAUUACAUGCAGUUAUAUGAAAAUGAGUGUAUACUGUCCCUUUAAGGAGCUUCACCCAGUUUUCUACACAAGUUUCGUCUGAAAUUCACUGAUUGCUGAUACAGCAUCAUGAAUUAUGCAAAGACAUUUCCCUUCUAUAAGCUGCAUCUUAAAGAGUUUGAACAGAUCAUUUUAUUGUGAAGGAAUAAUAUAUGUAGUGUUACUAUGUAUUAUAGUGUUCUAUGUAUACAGCGUUGUAAAUGUUAAAUCUGUUUUUAUAAUA